AUGUUCGUUUUGGAAACAUGGAACUAUGUUUUAUCUUUGAUCGAAGAUGAGCAACGUAUCAUGAAAUCCGAGGUGGACAUUCUCAUGGUCAUGAAUCUGGUGAAAAAAGCCUGGGUGUCUGUGCAUCCGUACGUACUGAUCAACGCUUUUAUAAAAAACUGGGUUCAAAUCCACAAGGAUUCAGCCGGUGAUGCAGCCACCAGAUUUUAA